AUGUCUAAGGAAGUCUUCUUCGAAGGCGACGCCGAAGUCCUCCCCUUCACAACACCAACCACACCUACCGCUACCUUGCAAAAGCCUUCCGACAUACUCGACGUCCCCGCCGCCGCGCCCAGCACAAUCUGGUACCUCUCCAUCACCAAACCCCACGUCGACUCCCACGACAUUGUCGGCCCCACCAAAGCAUUCAGACACCUCCUCCCCCACAUCGAAGCCAUUGUCAGCAACUCACCAACAGCCAUCGACAAGCUUGCACAACUGAAAGAAACCGAAGACAUAUGGGGCGAAACAGAGCCAAACGAGCAUUUCUUCAACAACGGGUUUGAAGUCUUCAUUGUCGAGGGACAGAGGGGAUCUUACACAAUCUUGAAGGUGAUACGCGAAAUCAACAAGGAAGUCUUUGAUAUUCUUCCCGCGCCAGUGUACACGGUAGUUUCCGUUGGACCCCUCGAGCACGCUGCUAUCCCGCUCAAAGCCAAAUCAUCAUCGUCUUCUUCUUCUGCCUCAGCAUCAGCAUCAACCUUGAAAUCCUCUUCAGCACCGCUUUCGUCAAAGUUCUCUCCGGGCAAGCCAAAAGGCUAUGUAGCUACGACACAGCUCCAUGGCUCCUUCAUCGAGCGAGCAGCCGCUAGGGAAACAGCAAAAUAUAUCAUGACUGUUCUUCUUCUUGACGAAGAGAACGUCAACGAGAUUGGUAGGUGGGAGAAGGGAAGUAAAGGUGGUGGUGUGUUGAUGGCUAUGAAUGCGACGAGUAUGUGGGAGGUCAAGGUUGUGUAUGCGGAUGAUCCGAUCGGGAGGGCGCAGGAGGAAGCAGAUAGAGGGGAGGAUGCGUUUGUUUUGUGA